AUGCAUAACAACAACAAUACAGGGCAAACGCCAUCCCAUAAUACGUCCACCUUGGCAAUAUCACCUUUAGUAACAAGAACCGAUAUUGGUGGAUAUAAUCGUAGAAAUCGAGUGUUUGCAAAUAAUAACCACCUUACAUCCAAUAACCUGUCAGCUAACUUACAGACACCGUUUAAACCCAUUUUGCAGAAUAACACUAACAACGAGCCCACAACAAAUACUGCCAACCCAUUGCUUGUAAAUAAAUCGCCAUUUGGAACACCCCAUGUUAAUCCAGAAGAAUUUUCUAAUUUGCUGAAUGCAAACACUACUACAGCACAAAACUACAACUUAAAUAUGGAAAAAAAACUGUCAGAUGAGAUAAUCAACGAAAACAACAAAAGUAUGGAAAAAUUAUCCUCAGCCGAAAGACUAAGGCUUUGGAGACACGAUGCCCUUAUGCAACACCAUUAUAAAACCGCAGAGUUUGUAGGAGACAAAGUUUAUUCAAUUACCAAAGAUCCAAACGAUGCGUUCUGGUUGGCACAAGUUUAUUAUAAUGAUAGGAUGUAUAUCAAAGCAAUUAACUUUUUGUCGCGUGAUAAUUUAUACUCCACAAGCAUUAUUUGCCAAUAUUUAUGUGCGUUAUGCCUAGUUAAUUUAGAAAAAUACGAUGAAGCUUUAGAAUUAAUUGGCGAAACAAAUCCUUUCCGCCAGCAACAAGAUUUGGAUAGUACUCAGUUUUUUCAAAACGCCCAACAAUCUGAAGAUGGGGGGAUUAAACUUGAAUCAUCUUUAUGUUUUUUGAGGGGCAAAAUCUAUACGGCGUUGAAUAAUUUGGAGUUUGCUAAAGAAUGUUUUAAGGAGGCUGUGUUUGUUGACGUUAAGAAUUUUGAGGCGUUUGACACUUUAAUCUCCAAUUAUUUUUUAAGUCCAGCUGAACAAUGGUCCUUUUUCCAAUCCUUAGAUUUUGAGUCGCAAUUAUGUUCAGCAGAGGAUAUAGAGCUAAUAAAAUCUUUAUAUACUAUAAAAUUAUCAAAAUAUUUAAACAUGGAUACAAUAAAUGCGGCUAGAAAUGUUUUAGACCGUAAUUAUAAUUUUGAUGAAUUAGAAAAUGGCGAUUAUCUAACUAGCGAAGCAGAGGAAUUAAUACUGGCUUGCAACUACCAGGAAUGUUUAAAGACUUGCGAGAAAGUCAUUGCUAAAGAUCCGUACAAUUUUAAGAUUUUACCGAUAUACAUUUCAUGUCUAUACGAAUUGGGCGGGAAGAAUAAACUAUUUCAAAUAUCCCAUAAGUUAGCUGAAGACUGUUCUAAAAAUGGGGUUUCAUGGUAUAGCGUUGGUGUUUAUUACUUAAGUACAAAUAAAAUAACAGAGGCUCGCAAAUAUUUUUCCAAAAGUUCCAUAUUGGAUCCUAACUUGUGUUGUUCAUGGAUUGGUUUUGGCCACACCUAUGCAGCAGAGGGAGAACAUGAGCAAGCUAUAGCCGCAUAUUCAACCGCAGCAAGAUUUUUUCCUGGUUCCCACUUGCCUAAUCUUUUCCUAGGCAUUCAAUAUAUUUUAAUGGAUUCUUUUGUUUUGGCAGAAGAAUAUUUGAUGUUAGCGUAUGACAUAUGUCCUUAUGACCCCUUGUUAUUAAACGAAAUAGGUGUUGUGUUUUAUCAAAAAUCAAAUUUUAUUAAAGCGAAAAAGUAUUUCAAGAAAGCAUGGGAUUUGAUAAAUAAAGUGGGAUCGAAUUCUAAAUCUUGGCUCAGUAUUCAUGUUAACUUGGGACAUACCUACAGAAAAUUGAAUGAAUUGGAGAAAGCGGUGGAAUGUUUCAAGUUGGUAUUUGAAGUAUCUAAAAAGGACGAAAACGUUUACUCAUCAUUGGGAUUAAUAUAUUUGAAAAUGAACAAGUUAGAAAAAUCUAUUGAUGUUUUACAUAAAUCUUUAGCUUUGCAACCAUCUAGCCAAAUUGCGCAAGAACUACUCGAUAAGGCCAUGGAGGUCAAUUUGUUUACCGAUAUAGAUAAGUCACAUCCAUUAGUUGUAUCAUCUAAAUUUACAAAAUAUCCAAGUAGUGAUAGUAGUGAGGAGGGGAUCAAUGAGAAACGAAAUUCAUUUAAUAAAAUGUCUGCCACUGAAAUUGCAAACAAAAUUAAAAUGAAUUAUGAUUCCGAUUCGGACAGCGACAUGGAGGUUGAAUAA